UUCAAAGGUCGUCCAUAAAAUAGAGUUUCACCCAUUCGUCUAUUGCUAUGUUAUUAUCACCCUAAUUUGAAUAUCAUAAAAUUCAAGGGAUAUAAUCACUAAUCAAGGGUUUAAUUUUAUGUCCUGGAGAAAACAGAAUCAGGCUAUUGUUAUUGGAGCAACAACAGCUCUUGAAGUAGUUGGAGAACAGUUCACCGAACUAACUAUUGGUUCUAAAAGUCCUGAAUGUGGACAUGAAGUUAAAAGACUUCUUCAGACAGAUUAUAUGAAAUUAGUCAUAACUCAAGACGAUGUUGGUGUUGAAUUAUGCGGUUCAUUGAAAAAUGUCGUAGCGAUAGCAGCAGGGAUAUGUGAUGGUCUAAAGUUAGGUGAUAAUACGAAAGCAGCUGUAAUAAGAAUUGGUUUCUGGGAAGUGUCUGAAUUAAUGAAUGAACUAUUUCCUGAUAGAGGUACAAAUUAUCUAACAACAGAGCAAAGUUGCGGAAUAGCUGAAUUAUUCAUGUGCAUGUCUCAUAAAAUCGACGACAUUUCCGAUAUAGGAGAUCCAGAUCUGUUGAAUAUUAGUAUUGGAAGACGAUUAUCUAACAAUGAUACCAAUAGACCAUCAAUUCGUUCCAUAACUGAUAAAAUACCAUACAGAACUUUUGUAGAUGGAGCUGAAUACGCAAAACAGAUAUACAGUAUCUUAGCUGACAGACGUCGUACUGGACAUUUUCCAUUAUUCGUCGCUGUUCAUCGUAUUUGUCAGAAUGAAAUAAAACCACAAGAAUUAAUUAAAUGUUUACAGUCACAUCCUAUUCAUGCUUAA